AUGAGGAGAUUGAGCCCGUCGAAACUCCAGCAGCUGCUUUAGAUGCAUGGUCUGACUCGAUUUCGAUGGCAAGGCCGUCGUUCCCCGUACCGGUAGCGCGGAACCCCGCGCUCGUCAAGUUCCGAGGUCCAUUUCGCAGAGCCUCAACCCUAAUCUCGUCUUCAACUUCAACAUGUAAAUCGAAGCCUCCGCAUCUCUUCGUAGCUUUCCCAAGCAAACAUGGUAGUCCGCCCAUACUUCACACCCGACAAGGCCGUUCUUCCUUUUGACAAAGUUAUCGAGCUCGAAAAGAUCGAUGCAUGGACGUUCCGCUCGAUAGUGAAAGCUUACUCUCCCACCGGAGGCGAGAACGGGACAUAUGGCGGCCAUGUAUUUGCGCAAGCAGCAUGGGCGGCUGCUCAGACGGCUGAUGAAGGGUUCUUCAUUCACAACAUCACGGGCUGGUUCAUCCUAGGCGGCAAGCCCAACGAACACUACAUCUACAAAGUUGAUAAGAUAAGAAAUGGAUACAACUACUGCACACGCUCCGUCACAGUCGUUCAAGAUGUGGGUCAGGCUAUGUUCACAUGCACGUGCUCGUUCAAGCGCGAAGAGGUCUCGCCAUUCGAUGUGCAAGAGCACGUCGACCUGAAGAAAAAGUACAGCGAAGCGCUGGGUGGGAAGCAGGACGAACCUAUGAUGCAUGAUGCGGCACCGAGUAACGACUCAGAGUAUUUCCGCGAAAUCUACCUUCCAGCGCAUCCAGAGCAUUUCAAUCCGAUCGGUGGUCUGCAUCUGCGUAAAGCCGAUAUGAGCAGGUACAAUGCGAGUCGCGAUCCUCUAGACAGGAGACAGCUGACAUUUUACACCCUGAGAGGCAGUCUGCCGUUACCGACAGCUCCCUUUCCACCCGGCCCAGGGAAAGCGUCGUUAACCAGGGAGGCGAACCUGCAUGCGUGUGCGCACUUGUACGCAUCAGACCGCAAUUCGCUCUUCAUCGUGCCCAACCACCUCGACCAUGGGAGGGAAUUUACGCGAAUGGCCUCACUUUCACAUAGUGUAAUUUUCCACGUCGGCGUCAAAGAUUUGAUCAUGCCGCCUGAACCACGCAUCGAUCAUCCGAAUGCUGAUUGCACGCUGUGGAAGGAUGAAAAGCUGUCGCUGUGCUCGUUAGAUGGGUACGAAGGGGAUGAUAGGGAUGCAGAUGGGAGGAAGUGGUUUGUGCAGGAAGCUUGGAUGACAAGAGCGACGGGCGGGAGAGGACUGCAUACGAGUAGGAUGUGGGACUAUGAGAGGGGAGUGCAUAUAGCGACGACGUUUCAAGAUGGACUGAUACGAUUUCGAGAACGGAAGCCAAAAGUAAACGCGAAGAUGUAGAUGAAGAAG